AUGGCGCUUGUUUCAUUUGAUGGGCAGUGUGCGAAUUGUGUGAGGAGGUACAGAGACGAGAAACACAGUACGGUCUUAUUUUGUACAACUAUUGACCUCACUUGGAAUUUUAAUAAAUGCUCGAAUUCCAAACACAGCAGAAGUACUAGUACAAUCUCAACCUCCAUAAAUACUCAACUCAUAGCAUUACCUACCAAAAGCACUCCGCCGCCCGCCGCCGGCCCUGUCCGGAUCCGACAGCACCGACAAUGCCCUCCUGCGCAGACGUCGAAGAAAAGAAAAGCACAAAGCCCCAGCGAAUCCAGCUCAGGAUCCGACAGCACCGACAAUGCCCUCCUGCGCAGACGCCGAAGAAAAGAAAAGCACAAAGCUCCAGCGAAUCCAGCUCAGGUUGUGUCAGGAGGCUACUUACCUACAUACUCAUUGACUCCUCGCCUCAUGAUAAGGAAAGAAAGAAGCAAGGUCCCGCGGACGAUUGGCAAAAUCUAA